UGCCAGCCUCACAGAAGAGGGCGCUAAUGCAAUAAAAUUUGGAUGCCAACGCACCUAAAACCCAAAGAAGCAAAGAAGAAGAAGAGGCGUAGAAGAAGAACGAAACGUUGUAGUUUGAGUAUUCGGUCUGCGUCGGAUUAGCUACUCAUAAAAACAUCGUAAAACUCUGACAGUUUGUGAGUCUUUUCAGCUUUACGGGACGGUGCAAGUCCUCAGUUAUACUUAUUGAUCCGUAACUUACACUUUGAAGUUUCUGUCGUAGCGUUGAUAAUGCUAGAAAAUAAACUAACGAUGAAAACAGGCGAGGAAGGAGGCUACGAAACGGCCGAGGACGAUUCACUAGAACCGUCGGAGCACCAACGUAUUCCCAGCGCAGUAUCUCCCUCGGUGUACGAGAGGCUGGGGGAGUCACACGGACAUCAUGCGCAUCCAUCUCGGAUAGACAAGGAAACGGUUUUUGAGUGGUUCGGCCUGCAUCUAAACCCUGCUAAGCGGAUCGAGUUUAUGUGCGGGCUGCUACAUAUGUGCCAACCCCUGGAGCUGCGCUUUCUGGGAUCUUAUUUAGAGGAUCUAGCUAGGAAAGAUUACCACGUUUUACGAGACUCCGAGUGUAGAGCUAAUAGUCCGAGCGAUAUAGACAUUUUAACUGACGUGACUGACCCAGUGGUUAGGUCCAAACUCAUAGUCUAUCUGUCUCUCCUCGGAUCUGACAGAAGGGAAUGUGCUGGAAUACUCUUUCGGAUACUGAGCCAUGUAGACCCUGCCCUGUUAUGCAAAGAUUAUGACUACUCCCUUCCUCCAUUCAGGGAACACCGGCUUUAUCCACCGUAUCAGGACGGGAAUAUGGGCGGGCGGUCAGAGGAGACUUGCGGCUUCUCCACUAACGAAACAGCGGCAGGAUCUCUGGAACAGUUGGCGUUGCUUUUUACCAUGGCCUCUCUACACCCAGCUUUCCGUUUCCACCAACGGGAGACAAUCCGACACCAGAUUGACAAAAUAGAGCUGGUCCUAGAGGAGGAGAGACGUCAAAGUCGUCUUAAAAUAAACGCCCAGGAGCUGACGUGUCUGAAGAUGGAUUUUCUGCCUUCUCCAGAACUAAAUUUGGGAGAGCGUACAGCCCCCCGUCCUCCUUGCCAGAGUCAAUGCAACAGCCACUGGGUAACACCGAGAGAAGCAGUGCAUAUAGAGCGAAUUAUGCUCAGGGCCAUUUGUCAAACCAGAACAGACAAAGAAUACAAGUUUGAGGUGAGGUGGUCAGGCUCUUCCUCAAGCAGAGUGACCAAAACCCAUCGAGAACUGAAGAACUUCCUUCUUAAGCUUCCCAAGGAUCAGUGUACAGAGCCUUUUGAGAAGAGUGUCCUGAGGCUUCUCAACCAGGGAGACCAAUAUGAGAGCGGGGCGGUAGAGAUGAACCUCAGAGAAAUGUUCCUGUCUGCUCCUCUAGUCUUCAGACAGUCCAGAAAGGUCUGCAGCUUCUUCAGUUGUGACUCCAGUUACUCUGCUAAACCUACUUGUUGCCCUUGCAAUUGCCAACUUGGAAAGACCUACCAAGGAGAUUGCUCUGAUGCCUCCAGUCAGGAGGAAGAUUUAGAGUCGUAUGUUCAGGGACACAAGAAGAAGCAUGGUACCAGGAGUCCCUGUCAGUGUGUGUCUAGUGCCAAAGCCUCCCAGGGUGAUAGCUGGGCCCACGGCACAGAGCUCAACGGUUCGGCCGACAGGAAGAAGAAGAGCUGUACACUGAGGAGCAGUCAGGAGGCCCAACAGCAUCAGGACACUGAGAAGAGAAGCCACCCAGUCACUAAAAUCAAGAGCAGAGUCCUACCCACAGACAGGGAAAAGGGGAAGAGGAAAGGAGCUGCUUUUGUAACCAAUGGUAGUUUGAUUCCAGCUCUGUCACCUCUGAGGAAAGAUGGGGGCUCUGGUCCAGAUACCUUUGGUGAAACAUCAUCUGAAAGUUACAGCUCUCCUUCCAGCCCUCAACGGCCAGGACUAGAGAGCCCGGACAGUGAGGAUGAUAACAACAAAGACGCUGGUCUUCUGUUAGAUAUACACAACCAUUCGGAUGACUCCAGUAAAGGUCUGCGCCCUGACAUGUGCUUCCCACACCAGUCUGAUGCAGCUGUAGCAGGGAACGUCUCCUCUGUCCACUCUCGGUCUUCCAACAACCAGCAAACCCAGAUGCCAGCCCUGUGCCCAGAAAUCAGCACCGAGUUCUCUCCUCCUCUUUCUUUCAUGCAUCCAUGCAGGGCCACUGACUCUCCGCUCCCACUGGGCCCUCCUCCCAGCCAAAGCAUCAUACCUGAGGGAAAGGCCUCAACUCGAACACUGAUGAUGCAGACGCCCUUAGUGCCUUCAGCUGUCCCCAGCCAUGGAAUUAUGGGAGACCCAGAAAAGAGGGAAAUGCUCCCAACCUUUGGGAUUUCACCUAUUGGUCCGCACGCUCCAGGAAGUCUUGUUGUGCAGCCUCUGGUCACAAGGUUCAAAACAGUGCAGCCUCACAGCCAGGGUGGUACUGAUGGUGCCUCAGGGAAUGGUUCUACUCCUGCUGUCCCACAGACUUCAAACCAUGCACCCAUAAGAGCCAUUGCUGUCAUGACUCAUGGCCCUACUUGCUUCCCCUCUACUCUUCAGCAACCUCUGCUCUGCCAAGAUCUGGCCAGUGUCAGCUCAUGUCUGGCCUCCUCUCUGCCACAAACUUCACACGCCAAGCACCAGAGCUUAUCCUUACCUUCGGGCCUGCCUUCUCCCUACACCAUGGCCUCUGUAGGAGCACCUGCAGGCACUGGAACUGCCCAAUCUCCUGGAAAUGUACAAGCAGCUGUUCCUCUAGCUGUGCCCACCCAUACCCCUGGACCUGCCCCCAGCCCCAGCCCAGCACUCACUCACAGCACGGCACACAGUGACUGUACAUCCUACAGCAACAGCAGCACUUUCUGUGGAAGCGCCCCUGUUGCCUCUGGAAAACCCAUUACUCCCCAACAAGCCCAGCACCAACAGGUGGCCUCCCAGCAGCCAGUAUCACUGCAGCCACCACCACAACAGCAGCAGCAGCAGCAGCAGCAGCAGCAACCAGCUCGCUGUGGGGCUUGUGGCUGUGACAAAAAACGUGGGGUCAGCAGCAGCACCAACAGUGUCAGCAACGUCUCCACCUGUCAAACAGCCUUAUUCUUCACCACCCACCAGAUGAUGUUUAGUGUUUCUCCACCUCUCUUCCAUGUGACUAGCCUGUGCAGUAACAACUACCUCACCCAGGCCCAGCCUCCUCAUCAGGCCAACAGUGCUGCAACCCUGCCCUCCUUCUUUCGUACCACUCCUCCCUCUGCACACCCAUCCCCCUAUGGCCCCCUCCACACUCAUUCUCACAGCCACUCAGAUGUGCCGUCACAAAUGCUGGGCACCCAGGCGGCAGCCGCCGCAAAUUACAACUUCCAGCAGCAGAUGGCGCCAGCAGCAUCGUUCUGUCAGCACAUCUACCAGCAUGUGUACACAGCUCCUCUGGGGAUGCUGCCUCCACUGACACUGGCGGGAGGAGUCAAUAAGAAGAAUGGCAGUGUGUCCUGUUAUAACUGUGGUGUGAGCGGUCACUACGGUCAGGACUGCAAUCAGCCCUCCAUAGACUCUGCACAGCAAGGUGGCUUCCGGUUAAAGUACACGGCAUCCCACAUUUCAGAAACACCCGACAGUGAGGACUGAAGACGAAAGGAUGAGGAGGAGUUCCUCUGUUCUUUCCUCAGCACUGUGUGUGAGUAGUACUCAGAACCUCAGGAGACAAAAAACAUUCUCAAAAAGAAAGUGACCUGCCAAGGGCUUAGUGGACACAGCCUCAAUGUUUGUACCUGAGAAAAUGUUGCUCCUGCGACUCCACUUCUUUUCUCUUUCAGUUUUUGAUAUGUUUGCACUGAGGGCUGGAAGCAAUUAAAUUAUUACUUAAUUAUUAGGAAAAUGACAGAUGCCUCGUCUGCAAAAGGGUCUUAUUAUACACAUAUUUGUAAAAUGGUAAAUUUAUGCUUUUUCUCAUUCUUACUGUUCAGCGCGAAUUUUACUGUCUGAUAGAACUGUACAGCAGUUUUCAAAGAUUAAAACAAGAAUCGGUUGCAAUUUUGGUGUAAGGUUUUUGAAUGUACACCUAAUUUAAGGAAUUGUAUCAGAGUAUAUGUAUGCAUUUUUGCUACUUGAUGUAUGUAUGGUUUGAAGAUUAAUGCUGCUUUCUUAAUUUUAUUUUAUUUUAUUUUUGUGUUUUAAGUAAUUUUCUUUGGUAAAAUGCACUAAUAGUGAUGAAGGAAUGUAAGUGCACUAAAAUGUUCUCACCACAACCAAGCUGAUGAGUAAUGAGUCAUUCAUUUUUACUGUUUAAACUGAUAUUAGACCAAAAUAGUUGAGGAACAGCAUUUUUGUCUGUUUUAGUAUACUUUAUGUCUGGACUAGGUGUGAAAUACUAGAGUAUACUAAAAUACUUAGUGUGAAACCGUUUCUUUUUACUGCCAACAUUUUAGAGUGAGUGAGAUCUGUGUUCUAAAUAACAGAAUACUAAAGCUGUAGAAAUACGACUGUGGAGAAAACUCACCCUGUUCCCUCACAGUAGUCCGUCCACUUCCUUAGUUAGGAUUUUUGCUUACUAGUUUACUAGUAAGAGUCAAAACGCCCACUAGUUACACUAGUUGGUCUUUUUGACAUAACUUUUUAACUAGUUAUACAUCUUCUACUAGUGGACCAGUUAGGACUAAAAAGAGUAACUAGUUAACUAGUGACACCUAAGUCUUCCCCAUUGUUUAAUUAGUGGAAGAUGUUCUGUCCUAAUAGAUGGACUUUCUAACCAACAUGUUAAGACUUUGACUGAACAUGUUAGACAUCGUUCCUGUUACCGGUUAAGCCUUUUCUUUAACUAGUUGAGCAUCAGUCACCACUAGUGAGUAAUUGUGCACAACCAGUGAGACCUUUGUUUAACAUGUAGGCCUUUUUGUCUCACUAGCUGAUAUUUUUGGCACACUAGUUUAAAUUUGCAUUUUACUAGUUUGACAAAACUGCUCACUAGUCGACAUGUGCAUGCUACUAACAUGUAAAAUGCUAAUGUCAGCUAGUGCACUAAAAAUAUUAACUAGUGUGACAAAAAGGCCUGCAUGUUAGUCUCACUACUCACGCACAGUCACUCACUAGUGCUGACUGAUGUUCAACUAGUUAAAGUUCACUAGUAGAUCAUGUGUGUAACUAGCUAAAAGGUUAGGUAAAAAAGACCUCAACUAGUGUAACUAGUGGGUGUUUUGACUGACUAGUUAACUAGUACACAUUGUCUUGCUAGUUAACUAGUAGGCUAAAACAGUCCCCAAGUAGUCAUUAACUACUUAGCAUGUUUGCCUUGACUAGUUAACAUGUAAGCUGCAACCACUAGUUAACUAAAGUUCCUCAGGCCAUCAUGUUAACUAGUGUGCAUUAUGCAAAUAAAGCAGGAGGAAAAAUGACUAAAUCCUGAGUCCUUAUUGGUUGGCUUUUUUCCCCCUUUACUUUAACUGGAGAGCUCAUCGGAAGCCUCGGUGCACGCUUCUUUCCCACCUCCUCAUUAGCAUUUUGUGCAACUAGUUAACCAGAGAGUGUUUUGGCUUUUACUAGUUCAACCAGUGAAUGUUUUUAUUUAACUAGUUGAGUCAAAAUGUCUCUCACUAGUUAAAUAAAAACAUUCACUGGUUUUAUUUAACUAGUUGAGUCAAAAUGUCUCUCACUAGUGGAUAUUUAAAGCUUCACUGGUUCAUUAAUGUCCAAGUGACUUAAACUUGUAUGCCACUAGUUAACUAGUGACCCGAAUCUAUGCUUGACUUGUUAACAUGUCAGAGCUUUUGCAGUUCCCUAGUUAGCUAGUAAGACCUUUACAUUACUAGUUCAGUCCAGAGGGCCACUACUGUGUGAAAAAGGUGACUAGUUGGGACUCUGGAGCUACUAUUAUGACGCCCGACGUUAGUACGGCUUAUGCUGGAACAAGUUGGAAAGAAAGUGCCACUAGUUGCUGAAAAAGAGCAACUACUAAGAGUUUCUGUUCAACUAGUAUGGCAAAAUGUCCAACUGCUGCAGCCAGAUGUCCAACUAGUGCUGAUAAAGACCGGAGCAGACGAGGGAAAUGACAUCUGAUAUCAAAUAAAUGCUAAAACAGUUUGCCAUAAUUUACUGUAAGUCUGUGAAGAAUAUAUACCCUCGAAUGCCCUGCAGUUAAAAUGGGAAAUCUGCUUUUUCACUUUGAAGAUUAUGUGUGUCCUAAAAUCAUUUCCUUUAAAGUUCAUUCAAGGCAGUGGAUCAUAAGAUGCCCAGUUCUGGAUCCAGUGAGCAGAUGUGAAACAACCAGAUCAUGCCUGGUGUAGUCUAGCGAUCUAUAUAAUGAGGUAUCACCAAAAAACCUAAGUGUAGUUUGGUUGACCUUUAAAAAAACAACAAAAAAAAACAACAAAACAUUGUACUGUGGCCACUGCUGCCACUCGAAGUUGCUAUGUUUACUCUUUGAUAUCUCUGUACUGGUCAAAUAUAUUUCCAGAGUGUAAUUUGCAUUUUAUGCAAACUGUUGAUUUGUUUUCUCCCCUGUAGCAAUAAACAAAACACUGGAAGGUGAAUUUGUCCUAAUGACCUUUGCAUUUAUUGUUGGAGUAUUUCACAGUGUUGAACAGCACGAGCUUAAGUAUUACCCUUAAAUAUAACAAGUGUAACCUUUGAGGAGUAAAAUUGAUUUUUUUUUUUUUAAUGUGGAGUGUAACAGGAAGGAUACGUUAUACACUGGAAUGCAUUAACUAUUUGAUAAACUAGACCAGAUGUUGAAUAACUUAGUUAUUACUGGCAAAACAUUUUUGACCAUUUCACAUAUAUUUCUGGUGUAGCCAGAAAAUGGAAAUAUAUGGGAACAUACAAGCUGCAGAAUGACUUAAAACAUCUGCAUUAACUAAGAGGCUAUUUAACUAAACUAAAACCAUUAUUUUUCAUUAGGCACUGAAUAAAGGUAAUUGACUGGCAUCCUGGAAGGACCAAAAAUUACUCCUAAAUAUUACAGUGCAGUUUGGGAAAAUGCCAUUAACUAUGUCCAAUAUUGAUAAUAAAUUGGUUAAAUCUUGCAUAGGCACUAAUGGAUGUGUAGUACACUCCCAUAAGUAUAAUUCACUACCUGUGAAUAACACAAUUUCUUAUUUCUUUGGGAGACAGGGUGG